UUUAUUGUUACAAGUUGUUCCUGUCACAUAUUUCUCCUUAUGUUACAUUGCAUCAGUGACUUCGUCUUUCGUUAACUUCUUUUUCUUCUGAUUUAAUUACAUUUCAUUACAGGAAUAAGUAAUGAUGAUAACUCAAAGUACACAUACCGAAAGGACUUUAUAAAAGUUGAAUACGCCUACCAUGCAAAUAUGCCUGCUCAAAAUAUCUCCGGAACACUCAGCUAUUGUACAUAUUUCUGUUGGCAAAGGCAAGAAUGUAAGUCCUUUGCAUACGACAAUGGAACAAGUAGCUGCUUGAUAUAUAAUGUGACGUCAGCAGAAAAAAUACUAUCGUAUCAUGCCCGUAUUCAUUACUAUCAAAAGAAGAACUACAACAAUAUCGGAACUUGCCCACUGAAUAUCAUUUAUAGCGCCUUUUCUAAAUAUGGAAAAUAUAUCACAAAAAUACCGGUUCCAUUUUCUGAAUGCUUGUCAGCAUGUUACGAUGAUUCCUCAUGUAAUACUAUCAACUACAACAUGAAAUAUCAGGAAUGUUUCACACUUCAUACUAAUUCUAUUAACAAGACUGCAAAAUAUAUUGAUUAUCCACACCAGGUCAUAUACGUUAACAGAACUCGUCUCCUGUCUGUUCCGAAGCAUCAGUUAAUGAGCUUAAACACCAUGGGAUGCAAUCCAGGGGCGCUAUAUAAAUUGUACUUCCCAAAGAACCGCAGAGAUAACUCCUUGUCAAGGUCAGCUGACUAUACUCUGCAAUGGAAUCAAUAUGGAUUUAGCAGAGCUCUUUAUACAUAUACUGGCACAUCGAAAAUUCAAUGCGCAGCAAAAUGUCUUUCCCAAACAGAGUGUGCUGCAUUUUAUCAUUCCGGUGACUAUUGUUCCCUACAGGCUUUGUUUUGUGGCUUCAGAAAAACUUCGACUUCAGUAGUAGGAUGUGUUUAAAAAAGCGUAAAGUGACGCUUCCCUUAGAACACCCACCACGUUUUAAAAUUUAUCAGUAUCUGUGGCAUUGUCCUAGUUAUAUUGAAUAUAUCACAUCCACUUAAUUUGUAGUGUUUUUAAAUGAAGAAUAACACCAGCACUUUAGAGUCAAAUUGCCAACAUCAUACUUUACUUUCUGUGUUACUAACUAUAUACCUGUUUCGAACAUUCUCCUUCUUCUGCACAAGUUUGUCCUCGGGAUUCAUUCCAAGGAUGAAGCAGUUUUCUUUCUUCAAUUUUUUUGGAAGACCUCGAAUUCAUAAAGAGACACUUUCUUAAAUAACUUAAUAUUCUUUGAGAAAUUCGUUACCUCUCUGCAAUAAGUUUAUAACUCGUGUUCAUUCAACUAUAGAGUUCAUUUUCUUUUAAUAUAUAGCGAUAUUUAAAUAUCUUAAUAAAAA